CCCGCCCGUCCCGUCCGCCGCCGCUGCUCAUCCACCAUGCGCACGCCCCUCUCCCUCGCCGUGCUGCUGGCCUUCGUCGCGCUGCUCGCCGGCAGCGUCGAUGCCGCCCGGCGGCCCUCUCGCCAUGCCGGCGCCUCCAGUGCCGCCUCCAGCGCCGCGCCCCUCCUCGCCCGCGCCGCUGCCGCGUCCGACGGCAUCCUCACCCUCGCCUCGCCCGCCGAGUUCACACAGCUCCUGCAGCCGCCGCGCAGCCACGCUACCGCACUGCUGCUCACCGCCGUCGACUCGGGCGUGCCGUGUGCGCCGUGCCACACCUUUGUGCCGCACUGGAAGGCCGUCGCCAACAGCUGGCGCAAGAAGGGCGCCACGAACAAGGACAAGCUCGUGUUUGCCAGCAUUGAGUUCAAGGAUGGCAGAGAGGUGUUUCAGCAGUUGCAACUCACAUACGCACCCGUGCUGCUGUACUUUCCCGCGGCGUCGGACAACAAGGCUGAGCCGGCCAAGUACGACUUCAACCGACAGGGCUUCGAGGGCUCGUCAGUGGCCGACUUCCUCUCCGCGCAGCUCGGGUACAAGUUCCCCUAUUCCGCUCCGUUCCCCUGGGGUGCCGUCCUGACUUUCAGCGGUGCCUGUCUCGUCAUGGCCGGCGGACUGCUCUUCGUUCUGCCGAAGUUGCUCGCCGCCUCUUCCCUCUCGGUGCUCGCUGCGUCGGGCGCCAAGUUUGUCUGCAUGGCCAUCAGUCUCGGCACCAUCAUCAUCAUGUGCGCCGGACACAUGUGGAACAACAUCCGUGCGCCGCCGUACAUGCAGAUCGGCACCGGUGGCCGGCCAGAGUACUUUGCUCAAGGCUUCCAGAACCAGUACGGCGCAGAGACGCACAUCAUCGCUGCCUUCUAUGCACUGCUCGCCUUCUCCGUCGUCUCGCUCAUUGUCUUUGUGCCUGCACAGCGCGAUGCGGUGCGGCAGCGGGCAGGCGUGUACAUCUGGAGCGCCAUCCUGCUCGGCACGUUCAGCAUGGUGCUGGCGGUGUUCCGCAUCAAGAACCCGUCGUAUCCAUUCCGCAUCUUCUUCUAGUCGGCCUCAGCUCUCGCUUGGCGCAUGCAAGCGUAGGCGCUCCAAUGCACGGCGCCGAGACCAGAGCCGCUGGAAAUAGAAUGGUCAACGUCAGCCGCGCGAUGAAGCGCCUCCGAUGUGCUUUCAGCUCAAGUGCCCCUCUCGAGGGACCCGCUU